UGCAAUGGCAUCGGUUCCACUGCUGUCACAGUAUUUACGAACUUCAUGUCGCUGCAAGAUGAUGUCGAGACCAAUGAAGACCGUAAGGAUUUUGCAAAGAGUUUACUUCUCAAGCUAGUGUUCUUGUAUGGGCACAUCAAGGACGAUGAAACAUUCGAGAAACCUUUUCAGUCUGAGCUCAUUAUUCAGGUUCUUGUACAGCAUAAGUGUGCUACAUGGGGUGCCAUCGACAGCCAUCGCACAAUAACGCAUGCAAAAGGGGCUCUCAGCCUUUCCACUGUGGCGGUAUAUAUUUUUACUCUCUCUUCACAGUAUGGCUAA